CGGCUGGUUAACAACAUCGAAUUACUCAAAUCCUUCUUAAAAAGAGAGGGCAGGGCAAUGGAUGAGUGAGCUGGAGCGCUAUGGCGGCCACUGCUGCUGCCCUCGUCUGCAUUGGUGGUGCCGCUGUCUGCUGUGGAAGCCGAAUUGCAGCAGUGAAGAAGUGCUACUGCUACAGCAGCAGCAGCAGCAACAGCAACGGCAGCCGGGGUCAGCACAGGGCGACAGUUUGGUGCUGCAAUGCGGCUGCGGCAGCCAACAAUUCGGACUCGCGGCCUGAUGUGUGGAAGAGCGGGAAUGGGUUUCACCCUCUGGAAGAACUCUCGAGUCGGGAGAAAGAGCAGCUGGAGAGAGUGCGUACGAGCAAGCUCAACGACGGGGAGAUUGCACGCACAAUUGCCGAGGUUAACAGCAACGCGAUUCUUUUAGCUCCCGCCUUGUCUCAAAGCAAUGCCGUGUACGGCACCGAAGUUAUGUUCGUUGUGGACGAGCACGGAGAUAUCUACUUUGAACUAGCGGAUGACAAUGAUGUUUUACACAACUUGGCCGUGAAUCCCCAGUGCUCGUUUAUAAUCGGCUUUGGCGAACUCAACGAGCUGCUGACGACCGAGUUGCUGCCUACUUAUGAGAACCAUCUGGCAGACGAUCCUGCUACACUGCAGGUGGAUGUGGAGGCUUUUGUUGAGGACGAUAGUAGCCAAGACGAGAUUAGUAGCCAAGACGGUGACAUUUCGGAAUCUGAGGAUGUUUCGGACACCUGCGACAUGCCCCUCGGUGUGCAUCCUAUGGUGUUUGCAUCUAAGCUUGCCAAGGUUACAUCUCUGGACCCCGUUUCCGGGAUCUUCAAGCCGUCGAUGCGGCUGGCCAUGACAGGGGUGGUGAGCAGUGUGACCGAGGAGGAAGCAGCUUCUGCUCGUAAAAUGUGGGAGGAGCGGUUCCUUUGGGAAGAUGAUGACGAGAGCAGCGGAGACGAAGAAGAAACACAAGAGGCUUCAUCAUCCGAGAGCGAAGAAGAAGAGUGGUCAGACAGCAGCGAGUCUGAAACAUCGCUGUACAAGUUUCAGAUUCAAAGCAUUCAACUUGCAUCUGAUAUUGGAGCUCACGCCUCGGUGGAUGUCAAGGAGUUCAGAUACUCUGAGGCGGAUGUCUUGGCUCAUGCAGCCCCGGACAUAAUCAAGCGUUUAAACUCGGGUGGAAAGAAAGUGAAACGCGCCCUCAAGAGCCUGUGUCAUAGGGAGCACGGUGUAGAUUUUGAGGAGGUGGUGGUGAUCGGAGUGGACAGCCUCGGAGUGGACGUGAGAGCAUGCCGCGGCAUCGAACUGAAAACCAUGCGUUUCGCGUUUGCUAGACGAGCCAGAUGCAUCGACACUGCACAGCUCUUGCUACACCAGCUCCUGUACCCUCGCAGUCGGCACAAGAAGUGAUUGGGAUGGAAAAAUGGGAAAGAAACAAUACCCAAGAAUACAAUUUGUCACUCGUCAGCCAUCCUAGCCAGCCUCGCCAGCGUGUUCCUGGCCAUCCUGUUGGAGGGGUCUCUCUGCAAAGCCUCUCGCAGAUCUUGCACGCACAGCUUGUAUUUCUCCAUGCUCUCGUACAGGAAAGCCCGUUGCAAGA